UGCCUACUGUUCACCGACGGUAUUUUUAUUUACGUUUGGUUUGUUAUCUGUUUUAAGACAAGCGGGAGAGGAACGAGCCAGUGUCAGGAGCUUUAUUGUGUAAUAUUUUAGUUAAAUGAGUCGCUAGACUUCCGGUUGGUAAACGUCUUUAUUCCUUUUAUUGUGACAGAAACAGAGAAGCCUGAUUUUUUUUUUUUCGCUGAGCUGUCAGGCUGCUUGAGGAUCGAUUUGGCUUCGUGCAAACCGAGUUAAACUAGUAAAACAACUUCACAGCGAGCCCAAUAACAUAAUCUAUGCAGUAUCCGGUGCUAGUCGCUAUGUUCAGCCCCGUCAAGUCUUCUUAUUUCAGAGUCAGUCCGGCCAUUGUUAACAGAGAACUCGGCAAAACCAAGAUGAGAUAGCAAGAGGGUUAACACCUGAUUUACUACGGAAUAAUCUAGAGAAAAAGGAAUAAAACCACUCAGGCAGGCAGCAUGUUUGGGAAUCUUUUCGAGGAAGAGGAGGAGGAGGGCUGCUCUUCCUCUUCCUCCUCCUCCAGGGGGAGAGUUGCAAAGGGGGGAGAGGAGCCACCUCCACCCCGAGGAAGGAGCAAUCUGUGCGGCAUCAAGAACCAGGGAGGGACCUGCUACCUCAACUCCCUGCUGCAGACCCUCCUCUUCUCCCCGGAGUUCAGAGAGGAGCUGUUUGGUUUGGGGGCCGAGGAGUUAGGAUGCCUGGAAGACAAAGACAAACCAGGGGCCAAAGUCAGAGUGAUCCCUCUGGAGCUGCAGAGGCUCUUCACCAGUCUGCUGCUGGUGGACCAGCAGAGCGCCUCCACCGCCGACCUCACCAACAGCUUCGGCUGGAACAGCAGCGAGGGAACAAAUCAGCACGAUGUGCAGGAGCUGAACCGGAUCCUGUUCAGUGCGUUGGAGCACUCUCUAGUGGGGACGUCUGGGAGCUCGUUCAUCCAGCAGCUGUACCACGGGACCAUCGUCAACAGCAUCGUCUGCAGGGACUGUGGGAACGUCAGCCAGAGACAGGAGGACUUCCUGGACCUGACAGUGUGUGUGUGUGGCGUGUCCAGCCUGGAGGAGGCUCUGUGGAACAUGUUUGUGGAGGAAGAAUUGUUUGAAGGCAAUAAUCUUUAUCGCUGCGCACAAUGUGACAGACUGGUCACUGCUGCCAAGUCUGCCAAGCUGAAGAAGCUUCCUCCAUUCAUGACCAUGUCUUUGCUGAGAUUCAGCUUCGACUUUGCCAAAUGUGAGCGCUACAAAGAGACGGGACGCUACGGUUUCCCUCUGACCAUCAACCUACGGCCGUUCUGUGAGAAGACUGAUGGAAAGGACUCUGAUUACUCCUACGAGCUCUUCUCUGUCAUCAUCCAUAAGGGCGGCUGCUACGGCGGCCAUUACCACGUUUAUAUCAGGGACAUUGACCAGCUGGGCCGAUGGGAGCCGCCGGAGGAAGAAUGUAAACCCAAGACUCAGAAGAAAGUCAAAGAGGAGGUCAAGCAGAUGUGUGAGCCAAAACUGCAAGAAGACGAUCCUUUGUCUGUCAUCACGGCUAUUAUUGCCCAGGAGCCAUCAAAGAGCGUCCUGCUGGACCAGCUGGGACAGAAACUCAUGGACAAGAUCGGUUCGUCCUGGAGCAAAAAGUUCAGGAAACACUACGGUCCCAUAGGAAAGUUCCUACAGUCAAACAGUGAUGUUUUCAUGUUGGUGUCCAGUGGAACUCGAGUGGCUCUGAAGGCGAACCCUCCCAGUCCUGGUGCCGAGCCCCCCGGUCCAGCAGAGCAGACCCCUGACUCUGAUCCUUCAACAGCUUCAGACCUCGGAGCUGCUGAACCACAGCCAGGACCAGACCAGAAGCCAGAGCCUGAACAAAAGCAGGGAAGCCACUGGUUCGACCUCAACGACUCCACGGUGACUUCCAUCAGGGAGUCUGACAUAGAGAAGCAGUUCCAGGGCAAAGAGAGCGCCUACAUGCUGUUCUACAGGAAAACACAGCUGCACCGGCCCUGCGAAGCUCUGAAUAAUCCAGAAUAUAAAGUCCCUCCUAACCUCAUCCAGAUGGCUCAGCAGGAGAACGUCAGAGUGCAGAAACUGCGCGAGGAGUUUGAAGCCUCUAAUAACACCGUGGAGCUGCGUCUCCACCUGGCGCCGUUUUACAGGCUAGAAAACGGAGCCCUGCAACCAAUCAGCAAAGAGCACAACGGGAGCACCGCUCUGAGCUUCGACCGCAGGAAAACUGUGGGAGAUCUUCGGUUAGCUAUCUACCAGAAACAGGAACAGUGGGAAGGAGACAUGGCUCUGACUGUGGCCAGGGGUCUACCUGCAGGUCUGCACCUCUACAAUACUCUGACAGAUGACGGUGUCUCCCUGUACAGUGCAGGUAUUUGUACAAACUCUGAGCUGUUUGUAUGGAACGGCAGAGAGGUUUGCGGAGCCACCGUCCUAACGGGAGCCGAGUGGGAGCCGGUUCUCCUGAACGUGGUGCGUCCCUUCAUGGGGGAGGAGGUGGACCAGGAGGAGGUGGACCAGGAGGAGGUGGACGGGCCGGAGCGCGAGGAGGCAGCCGGAGAUUUUGAAAACGGGGGAGCAGGACUUAAAAAGGAGGCCAGAGGGUUUGCAGGAGCUUCGACUCUCGGGGAGGUGAAGGAGGCGCUGGGGGAGCCGGAGGAGAGUCUGCUGUGCCAGGAGCAUAAAGGAGGAAAGAGGAGAGAGCAGGGGGCCGGAGAGGGAGGAGGAGCCAGCGGGUGGAGGGUGUUUCCUCCUGACGACAUGCAGCGGACGCUGAAGGAGCUGCAGCUGAAGGACGGAGACGCUCUGCUGGUGCUGGAGCCGCACUCCUUCGACUGCAGCAUGUUUACUCUGAGUGGAGACGUCGUUACCGUGACGACGCCGUCUGACUGCCGCUGGCUCCAGGUGGAGCAUCGACCACAUGGAGGAGGAGAAGGAGGAGAAAAAGAAGAGGAGAGGAGGAAGAUUAAAGUCCCCGCUACAGGAAAUAUGCUGCUGUGUGAGGUGAAACAGAGAGCCAUAGAGGAGCUGCAGCUACAGGAAACACCUCCAGGUGCUGCGUUCUGUCUGAGGCAGGUGGACUGCUCAGGGAAACUCCUUCCUCCAGUGUGUGAGGAGCUGAGUGUUCGGGAUGCAGGCGUUCGACUCAUGACCACACUGACUCUGUGUCUGGGAAACGCCCCCAAGGCCUCACAGCUUUUCCUGCACUUCUCUGUGGGCACGGCGCCCUCUGCUGGCAUGGAGAUGGACAUCAUAGUGGAGAAAAGCUGCACUGUUAAAGAGUGUCUAAAGGCAAUGCUGGAUGCUGUUGGGCUUGAUGGAACCUGUUGGCACUUACGGAAGCUCGACUGGUGUGAAGAAGUCGGAGAGCCUCUGAUGGACGAGGAUGUUUCUCUGUCAGCGGCGAUGAUAAACAACGGAGAGACGUUAGUCGUCACAGAAGGACAACUUCCUCCAAAGGGUUUCCUGAAGCUCUCUGUGUGGCUCCGUCUGGAUCCCAGAAACAACUCGACUCUCUCUGAGGACUUUAAUCACACUGACAGCAGCCAGACGGAGGAUCAGCUGCUGGAGGUUUUACCUGCAGGAGAAGGUUCCGGUAACUCACCUGCUCUGUGCUCCGGCAACGUGGCCGAGCUGAGAGCAGCAGGACAGGUGGAGAUCUCUGACGAAGCCACGCUGGAGGAUCUCAAGACUCAGGUGUUGACGCUACCUGUCCUCCAGGAUGUGUGUGUGCCGACCACGGCCUUCAUGCGUGUGUGGCAGCUGGAGGGACGGAGGCUGGCUCGGAUCUUCAGAGGACCACAGCUCUCUCUCAAGAAGUUGAAGCUGACCAGUGGGACAGACCUUUGUGUGCAACUGCUACUUAAAGAAGAAGAUCUGGGGCCUAAAGAUGUGCUGCUGAAUGUGAAGAUGGGAGUACCAGGAGAGAGGAGCUACUACCCUCCAGAGGAGCUGGUUUGGGACGCAGCCAGAGAUUCUUCUCCUCGUUCUCUCCGUUCCUGUCUGGCUGCUCACUACGGCCUCUCCCCCGACUCUCUGCUGCUGGCCAAGCACCAGCCGGACAAACACAUCUGGGAGGAAAUAUCCAACUGGAGCCAGCAGGUUUCCAAAAAGAAGAAGAAGAGAAAGGCAGAAUCUCUCCUGGGAGCUCCGUUUCACCUCAAAGACGGAGACACAGUCGGCAUCAAGAAUCUGUUGAUCGACAACAACAGGGACUUCCUGACUCCAGAGGACGAGCGAGGCCAGCAGAGACUCAGAGAGCAGACGGAGCAGCGCCGGAAAGGAGGGCAGGCUACAGGCUCUGAUGGUGUCGGACCACAGAAGAAGAGUGGACCCAACAAAUCCAGGAAACCAGAGGUAGCACUGUCCAUCAACGUGGGGUCGUUCAGAUAGCAGCCUGCUGCAGCAGAGACACUUACAACUACCUAUAAAUAUAAAUAUAAACCACACAGACGCCAUGAUGCAGUUAGGACAAUCCAGGCUGGUGCCAUUAUUUCUUAUUUCACUGUUUUUCUCCACCAAUCUUUGGAAACGGACUCAAAUCUAACACUUUUUGUUAACAGGAAAAGAAGGAAUUUAAUUUUUGAUUUGCUGUUUUGAACCAAUUGACCAUUAUUUCUAUGCAUUAUGACUGGAUUUCUUAUCAGAUGCCCCAUAUUUGUUUGGUUUCCUCUCUUUACCAUUUUCUAAGUUAAAACCACAUGCCCUUUAUAUUAUAGAGCUGCAACAAGUAUUUGUUUAAUCAAACAAUAACAACUAUUUUGAUAAUCGAAUAAUUGGUUUUCAGCAGUUUUUUUUAAAGGCAAUAAGUCCAAAUUCUCUGAUUUCAGCUUCUUCAAUGUGAAUAUUUCUGGUUUCUUUGUUCAUUUAUGACAAUAAACUGAAUAUCUCUUUGGUUUGUGGACAAAACAAGAGAUUUGAGGACGUCAUCUUGUAUUAACCAAUCAACUAAUCAAUGAAUCGUUUAAAUAAUCAACAGAUUAAUCGAGAAUGAAAAUAAUCGUUAGUUGCAGCCCUAUUUGAUCACAUUACUGGUUUUUAUUUUUUUUCAGUCUGGUGCCAUUAUUUCUUAUUUUACUCUCAAAUCUAAGACUUUUUGUUAACAGGAAAAGAAGGAAUUUAAUUUUUGAUUUGCUGUUUUGAACCAUCAUUUUUGCAUUAUUUUUAUGCAUUAUUACUGGAUUUCUUAAUAUAAGAUGCCCCAUAUUUGUUUGGUUUCCUCUCUUUAAAAUUUUCUAACCACCACAUUUAUUUCAUUACAUUACUGUUUUUUAUUUCAUGAGACAAAGGCACAGUGUGAUUUCCAGUAAAAGCAGAUUCUUAGCUACACGGAUCAGUAGCAGAUUUAUAACCUUGUACUAAAAAGCCGGAGUAAAGUGUUUCUGUUUGCUGUUCCAGGCUGCCAGUUACAAACUGAAGCCUGUAUGUUUCUUUUCCUAUACUGUUUUAUAUAAACUAAAGCAAUCAGGGUGAAACAUGCAGCAGCAGCCAGCAGUGUGUGGCUGCAGAGUUUCUACUUGUUUAGUAAGUUGUUGAGAACAACAAGCCACUAAAGUAGAAAACCAGCUGCUGUUGGUUGGUGUUAUCGUUGCUAUAAGGUGUUUAAGUGAUGCUCGUUUUUAUGAUAUAAACCUGUCACUGUGCGCCAGGAACACAAAGCUUGAUGUGUGUUAUAUUGUGGGCUUGUUUUAGGUUAUAACAGAGAGGAGAGAUAGGCCUUACUGAGGAGGAGCCUCGCUCUGCUCCUCCUCCUACCUCACUCUCUUCCUCUCUCUCUACCUCUGCUGCUCGCUCUCUUUUCACCCCCCAACGUCUCGCUGUAGUCCUAAAAUUACAUUUUUCGGUAACACUUUACAAUAACCAUCAUUUAUAAAUGGUAAACAGAUUAUUAUUAAUGUUUAAUCAUCAUUUAUAAAC